AUGUUAACAAAGCUCAAAACACUAACUUCCUUAGCACGGCACUAUUCUUACGAGUGCAAGGCUUCCUCACAAGAACGUCCAUAUGUAUCUCGUCCUUCAAGAUCACAACAGCUCCGUAAUCCAAAGCUUCUUCCCAAACUCACAAGUGAUACUCCCAACCCUCUAGAAAAGAAAGCUGGUGUGGCGGAUGAAGUCCUACAAAAGAGGGAGGCAGAGCGCGCCAAACAGGAGGCACGGGAUGAUUCAGAAAAUGAGAGCCUGCCACCAUCACCGAAACGACGCAGGUCAGCCUCAUCAGCGUCUGUUUCCACUAUUUCAACAGAUGCAUCAAGACGGUCUCGUUCACCUGCUCGCGACUCUAGGUCUCCUCCUCCUCAGAGACGGAGGCGGAGUCCUGACAUUGACGAGGAGCAAGGCAGACAAUCUGUUGAGCGAAGCUUGAGCCGUAGCCCGCCGCCUGUCAAGCGAGCUGGACGAUCUGAGUCAAGAGACAGUCAUUCACCUAGGCAUGCACCUCAGGAACGCCGUUAUAGGGACCGCGAGGACGUAGGAGAUGCUGAAAGCAGGCCAAGAAGGUCGCGGCCUAAUAGCCCACCACGACAUGAUGCUCAAGAACAAAGACGGCGUGUAUCAUAUGCCUCACAAUCUCCAGAGCCAGAUGAGAGGCGACCGCCUCGCGGAUAUGAUCAUAGGGCUCGAGAUCGGCGCAACAAUCAUGAACGGAGACGAGACACUGGCCGUCCUCGACCUCGAAGUCUCAGCCCCUUCAGUCGAAGGCUAGCAAUGACUCAGUCCAUGAACCGUGGGGGCAGAUAA